GGAGAGCGUGGCAGGGCAGCGCGGAGUGAGCGGAGCAUCCAGCACAGGGGGAGGAGGAGACUGGGCUCAGAGCAUCAGGGGGAUGGGGACAGACGGCAAACAAACUCCCCCGGCGGCUCCCUCCAGCGGCUCAUAGCCAGGUGGCUAAAAUACAGGCAGAUUUUCCUCAGAGCAGAUGCCAGUGCCCUUCAGAUUAAUCAACUGGCAGGAGACAAUUUGACAGGUGAAGCAGGCAACUUCUUUUCUUCCAUCUAGACUACAUAUUCAUCAUCACAGCACACCGAUAUUUCAGAAGCCUGCAAACUGGUCAUUUUCCUUUUGGGAAGUUCUGGUGAUGUCAAACCACAUGGAGGUUCUGAAUUCCAGUCCCAAGCUCCCUGGGUUAGCAGAACCUCUCUGCCCCAAGGCCUUAUCCUGUUCUCUGACCAGCACUUGGAAGUUGUCAAGAUCAGCCCUCUAUGAUGAACCAUGAUAUGGUGCCUGAGAGAUAUGGUUAUGGCGGAUGGGUUCAACUGGACCACUAUUGCAAGGGCGAGGCAAAAAUGAUGAAGGAGGGAAAGGUUUUCAGAGUUAUCCAAGAGAACUGCUGGAAUCCAGAGGUUCGGGUUAAAGAGAUGAACAAAUCAGGAGUCACUGUACAAGCCCUUUCUACAGUUCCUGUAAUGUUCAGCUAUUGGGCCAAACCUGAGGAUACUUUAGAUCUGUGCCAAUUAUUAAAUAAUGACUUAGCUGCUACAGUAAAAAAGUACCCCAAGAGGUUUACUGGCCUUGGCACAUUACCUAUGCAAGCACCAGACCUGGCUGUGAAGGAAAUGUAUCGCUGUGUGAAUGAGCUUGGCUUUCCUGGGGUACAGAUAGGAUCUCAUAUCAACGAAUGGGACCUGAAUGCACCAGAACUGUUUGCUGUCUAUGCUGCUGCUGAAUUAUUAAACUGUUGUCUGUUUGUGCAUCCCUGGGACAUGCAGACAAAUGGAAGGAUGUCCAAGUACUGGCUUCCCUGGCUGGUGGGCAUGCCAGGGGAAACAACCAUUGCCAUUUGCUCCAUGAUUAUGGGAGGAAUUUUUGAAAUGUUUCCUAAACUGAAAGUUUGCUUUGCCCAUGGAGGUGGCGCUUUCCCAUAUACAGUAGGGCGUAUUUCCCAUGGAUUCAAUGUGCGUCCUGAUUUGUGUGCAGUGGAUAAUAAAGUUGAUCCAAAGAAAUACCUCGGUUCAUUUUACACGGAUUCACUUAUCCAUGAUCCUCGAGCCCUAAAGCUGCUAAUCGAUGUAAUAGGAGAGGACAAAGUUCUUUUGGGAACAGAUUACCCUUUUCCACUGGGGGAACUAGAACCUGGAAAACUGAUUGAUUCUAUGGAAGAGUUUGAUAAUGGACUAAAGGAUAAACUCAAAGCUGGCAAUGCUCUGGCAUUUUUGGGUCUUGACAGAAAACAAUUUGAAUAACCUUACAGAGACCAAAUUUCAGCGAUAAUAUUGUAUCCUUUUAUAUAUUUGUGUACGUGUAUACACAUGUGUAUUGCUACCAAAUCAAUGUCAAAUAAAAUCUACAUAUAAAUGAUAGUAUUUACUGGUAUCCUCAAAGUAAAAGCAAGGGCACUAGAAAUCCACAUGUGGGAAUUUCUGUGUCCUAAGGAUUUAGGUUGUACCUGCAGAUUUUUGGGAUCCCUGCUUUUCUACAGAGAUUUCAUUUCUUUCAAUUGUGAUGAUGAUAAUCUUCUGAAUACAAAUCAAUGCAGAGUUAUCAGUACCAGGUUUCUUGAAAAAACAAAUAGCUCAAUGAGAGUUGUGAAUUUCCCCCAUUUAUUUCAGCUGUUAACUAUGAACCCUAAUGAUCACAAUGUAAAUAUUAAUACAUAAAUAAUUGACAGUGUGAUUCAAUGUUCCAUUCACUUAAAAGGGUAUUCUUCAUGAAUAAAGCUGCAUGUUUUAAAUGUGAAAAUA